UGCAGUGCAAACAGUGCUUGUGUUUGAGAGAUCCAUGCCAAAGACAGCAAAGCUAGGUUUCGUGAGGUACACCAUCGUGGAAUUUAUACCAAAGCCUUUCAAGGUGCUGUAAGUACCAGCGAACGGGACAAUGUCCGGCAGAACAACGCAGGGAAAAGAUUAGAUGUGCCCAAUGUGAAGGACUUUUGAGUAUGUUUAAAACCCUAAGAGCUGUCAGACAUUUGUCUACCGGAGGUGCAAUGCAACAAGCGGUUUCAGAACUGUGUGUACCUGUUCCAUGGGGACAAAUAAGGGGACAGGUCUGGGGUCCUGACCAUGGCCGUCCAGUGCUCUGCCUCCAUGGCUGGUCUGACAACUGUGGGUCUUUCAAAAACCUAAUUCCACUGCUGCCCAAAGAAUGCAAGUAUGUUGCCAUGGAUAUGGCAGGCCAUGGCCUGUCCUCCCACAGGCCAGACGGAGUCUUCUACAUGUUCAGUUCUUACGUGGCUGACGUGUACCGUGUCAUAGACGCUCUGCAGUGGAAGCGCUUCUCAAUCAUUGGACACAGUAUGGGAGGCAAUGUGGCCAGUUUGUUCAGCGCGUUGUAUCCUGAGAUGGUGGAGAGACUCGUGGUGCUGGAUCUCUUCGGUUUCUUUCCCACAGAAGUGGAGAAAAUUCCUGAGCUGAUGAGAAAGGGGAUUGAUGAAAUGGUUCAGUAUGAUAAAAGGAAAGGAGAGAGGGCAGAAAGGGUCUACACGUAUGAAAAAGCAGUGGAGAGGUUGAGGGCAGCGAACCCCUUUCUGUCUGAGCAGUCUGCACGCAUACUUUUGGAGCGAGGGAGCACAGAGGUUGAAGGAGGUGUGGUGUUCAACAGGGACUUCAGGAUCAAUUUGACCAACAUUACUCGACUCACCUUGAUGCAGGCGUUUGAGAUGUUGUCCAGAACCCAGGCGCAGAUUCACCUGGUGAUGGCGAGUAACGGGAUCCGUAGAUCACUCAGCGAGCCGUUGAAGCAAGUGUGUGACGAGCUGCUGAAGGCCUACGCUGACAAAGGGGCCAGCGUGGUGACGGUGGAGGGGGACCAUCACGUGCACCUGAACCGCCCGGAGGCCGUGGCCCAGCUCCUCACCGACUACUUGCAGCGCGGGGCUGUCACGCGCGCAGACGGGCCGGCAACCGGCAUGGACGCAGCUAAACUUGGCUGAUCUGCCAUCCUGUAAAAAAAGGGCCAGCAGUCCCCCUCUCCUGUGCAGAUUUCACAGUCCGUGAAUCCAUGGAGUUCGCGAAUCCAUGUUCGUAUAAUUCGUUUCUUGCCGUUAUGGCUUUAAUACAGUGCAAAUCCUGUUUUAAUGAUUGUUUGAGGGUGCCUUAAUAAUACUAAUACUACUAAUAAUAAAACCUCUCUGAUAUAUAUAGCUCAUUAAUUGGUAGGCCUAUUUUGAAUCAUUCUCUUUAUAGGCCAUAUCGCAGAUUUUAAGCUUUUCAGUUAAACGUUAUUAAUAGAUUACCUGGCGAUCGAUUAAGAAAAUUGCACAGUUUGCAUCCCUAGUGUGCACACGUACACAUGCAUACAAGUAGGCCUACACAUAAACGCGCAGACACAUAAUAAUAACAACUUGGUAUAGCAUCUUUCUCAAACCCACGUUCGCUUACAUACAUACAUAUACAUACAAAGAGGGGGGGAAUACAUAAACAUGUAUGCAGUGAUGUGGAAAGGAAAGCGCGCCCUCAGCAGGUCUGUAAGGAUUGGGCCAGAAUUCCUGCCAAGAUUUUUUUUGUUGUUAUUGCUAUGCAAGACUGACAAACUCGUACAGAAUGCAUUUGCUUCUGGAUAUUGCUGCUAAGCUAUGGAGUUCUGCAAGCUACUGAAUCAUGGGAUGAACUUACUUUUUCACUGAAGGCGUCUGCUUGUUGGCUUAUUUCUGGCUGAAUAAAUAAUAGCGAAGUUAAAUUUGUGUGUUAUGAGUCACGUGAGGUUAGGUUUAUCUACUGUUAAAUAACCUUCAUUUCAUCCUCACCACGUCCUAUGUCCUGAUAUGUAAAACCACAGGAAGAGGGUGUUCUUUCUUAUUAACAUCACUGUUCAUGUAAACAUUAAAAGGAACAAAGUCAAUAUAAGCAAGCGGUGGGGAGAUCAAGUAGUGUAGUGUUGCGCACACACACACGCACAAACACACACACAGCUUGAUAAAUUACAAUGCAUACUUAGCACACACAUACUGAAUCUUUGCUUUUGAUAUUAAUCAGUCCUCUGGCUAAUUAACAUUCUGAACAAUCUACAAAAGUACCUUUACAUCCAGUAUUCUGAAAGUGAACUGCUGCAAUUCAUAACACAUACUCCAGAUUUUUCUCACUGGAGGCAAAUGGUCUGUUUUUGUUACUUUUUUUAUUAUGCUGACUAGUAUGUGUAUGUACUGAAAUAAUGUACUGUAGGGCCAGUGACCUGUGUGGAAUGUUUAAAGGUAUGUCAGUACUACUUGUGUCUGAUGAGAAAUCUGAUUGAAUUGUAUUAAACCUAUUAAUAAAAUGUUAUGAACUGUUAA